AUGAACCAGACAAAGGUCACCGGGGAGGAUAAACCCACAGAAAGGGGGGCGGAACCAGUUGGAGCAUCACAGUCAGAUGCUACCACCAGUGAGCAGGAUAAAAAUGUAAACCUGACUCAAUCGGAGAUGGAAAAGACAAAGGUCACCGAAGAGGAACUGGCGGAACUGGGAUUGGGUGACCUUUCGCUGAAUGAUAAAACGGCAGACGAUGACCUUUGGGCAACCCCAAUGGUCUCAGAUGAAUCCAAUGAAUCAUAUUUCACGGACGACGAAACAACGAUGAAUAUGUCCUUCCAAUCAGCAAUGAGACAAGCCGAUCGUGCUGAAGGGAUGACACCUUUCAAGGACAUACCAGAGCACCUCAUUGAACGGACACAAACGGGAAAGGUCAUCAACGUACGACCACCGUCACCGAAUAGCCCCACGUCAACUCUGAAGAGGCGCGUGAAGGAUUUGGAAGAUGAACUCCAUAAUAAGGAAGAUCAGACGGCGAGACGAAAACAGGAAUAUCAAGAGAGACUGACAUCGCUUGAGACCCGGCUAUUUGAGUUAGAACAACAACGGGGAUACUUGGAGAAUACAGCAGAAGAAUGGAAAGUGAAAUAUGAAAAGCAAAGGGAACUGGCCGAAGAGUAUCUGAAAAUGGUAGAUGACAGAGAAAUGGAGGGUCAUCUUGCAGUCAGUGACCUUAAUGAGAGUCACCGAAGCGGAAGCCAAGAGAGACGAAUACGCGGCCAAACUCGUCGACGCGACCCAACGAUUGUUGACAAGCACCAACGAGGUUUUAAGCUGAGAAAUGAAUUGAAGUUACGGGACGAGAACAUUGGAACCCUUCAGAAAGAAGCACAAGAUCAUCAGAGGAGAGCCGAUGACGCUGUCAAAGUGGCUAAGGACCUGAGGGAGCUCACAGCCACUGAAGGUGUACGGUUGAGUAACGAAAUUAAGCAGGUGACGGAAGAAAACAAAUCGUUGAAAGAAGAUGUUCGAAAGGUCACCGAAGAGAAUACUGAGUUGAAAAGGACCGCUAAGACAAUUGCCGAGCAAGGCAUGAGGUGGGAACAUGAGGCACACCUCUUGGAUGAAAAGGUCACGGUACUUGAAUUGAAAGAUAAAGAGUGGCAACAGACAGUCCAUCAGAAGACACAGGAGAUUAUCAGACUCAAUACGGAGCUGAUCGAUAUGACCCAAACGGUAAUGACGAGGGAAGAUGAGGUCACCCAUACAAAAGACCAGUUGAAAGCGGCAGCUGAGGAAUACAUGAAAUUGGAACGAGAUGUGACUCAGUUGGCAGAACACAUCAGGAAAGUGGAAAAGGAUACCGAAAAAGUCAUCCAGGACAAAACGCUUCAACUACAUCAGCACAUGUCGAAGGUCGACCAAGAGAACCAGAACUUGAAGAACGAGAAAGAACAAUCCGAUUUAAGAAUUAAGCGCCCCGAAGAUGAAAAUAAAGCCCUUCAAAUGUCCAACAAGCAUAAAGAUGAACAGCUCCUACAACAUGUAGUUAGAGCAGCGACAGUGGAAUCACCCCCGCCCAGUUAUAGCAAGGCGCAUGAAACGGGCACGGGCAAAAGCUUCCACUUUGACAUGCCGCUACGAACUGGUACCGGCAAAGGAAGCGUCAAAAAUGAAAGAGAUGGUGAAAAAGACAAAAACGACAAAGAGCCACCUUCGGAAAGUUACCCGCAUAUGAGUCGAGGUGACCCUUCACAAUUUCCCCCGCACAUGGAAACAAAUGUGUUCAUUGACGAAGGACGACGGGACAGACCCCCCAGCCGACAGGAGCGCCCAAGGAAAUCUCGUUAUGGAAAGGCGAAACGAAAUCAAAGUGAUGAUGGAAGUAGCGAAGAAGACGAUGACCACAGAGCAGAAAACACAGCGGUGCAAUUGACAAAAGCACUCAACUCGAUGGCCAGGAAAACACCACUCAUGACCUUUGACGGCAGUCGUGACACGGUGAGUGGGUGGACACGACUGGUGAAGGAAACCCAAAGGACUUACCAGCUGACAGACGACCAAAUUAUGAUCGAGAUAGCCAGUGCAGUGAAAGGUCCUGCAAAAACAUGGUUUGAAGGAGAAAAAGACAUCGCAGCAGAAGACGGAGUUGAAUACUCGAUAACCGAAUGGAUGGACAAAUUUAAAGAUGAAUAUGGUGACCGAGAUGAAGAAGUCCUAGGCUUACGUGAGGCCUACGCAAGGAAAUUUGAACUCGGAAAAGAAUCGCUUGACCAAUACUAUCAAGCGAUGAUGCGGUUUAAGGCAAAGAGAAUCAUUACUGAGAAACAGGCCGUGGGCUUCUUAAUCGAAGGAUGUAGAGUCGACAAUGAGCUCUACAAAGCCCUGCGUAUACAAAAGUGCAAGACGCCAACGGACGUGAAGGAUUUCUUUCGACAUUGGGCCACCGGCGAAGAGAAAUAUAAGGCGCCCAGAGGUCAACGUAACCAGGAAUACGUGACCAUCCGCCAAGGCCAAGUCGAAAAUGUGCCGCAACAGAGAAUGGCAGCUGCACCAGUUCAGCAACCAGUUGAAUACCGAGUGGAGACUCCGGUUAGAGAGGUCACGGAAAAAGUGACCUUUAUCGACAGUCAGACGGGGCAACCGAUAACGUACGCAAUGGUAGCGGCGAUACAAGCGGCAGCUCAAGUGAGACCGGUACCUCAGAAUGUGGCUCCACCAGCUCCACAGAACGUGGCCCCAAUGAACGUUGGAAUACCACAACAAGGAGCGGGGAACGGAAAUUUUGGUGGAAAUGGAUACGGAUAUGGAAAUGCAAACUGGAACGGAGGACAAGGAAAUUUCCAGAAUCAAGGUCAAGGUCAAGGCAACUUUCAGCCAAACAGAGGAAACCAGAACAAUAACCAGCAAAAUCAAGGGUCACGAACCGAAUUCAAGUUCCAGAUGAUUGAUGGAUGGGUGGCGAACAACGUUCAGAUGUGCCAGUACUGUAUGUAUGGCAAUCAUCAGACACAGGGGUGCAAAUUCGCUAACACACCACCAGAACAGAACCCGAACCUGUUCGCCUUCAACGAGUGGCAACGACUGCGCGGGCUUGGUGGUUGGCGCCUAGCGGUGAAUAACGGAUAUGACCUCAUCACCCAAUGGUACCAACACAAAGCAAACUUCCAAAACCAACAAGGGAACGGAAACGGUAACUAUGGAAAUGGAAAUGGCGGUGGCCAGAAUGGCGGCUACGGCCGUGGUGGCUUCGGCCGCGGCGGCUUCAGAGGAAGGGGCAGAGGCUUCGGCCGCGGAACUUUCAGAGGAGGCCAGAACAAUGGAGGCGGCCAAGGUAACUACCAACAGGGUGGUGGCCAAUACAACAAUGGCAACGGACAGAAUCCUAACCCGGCAAACGAUAUCGGACAACAACAAGAAAAUGUGCAAGGAAAUGUGCAAGGCGUGCAACAAGGUGGGGCGACGGUUCAGGGAAACGGGCAAGAUCAGUAGGCACCGG